ACGCUCUUCAAACUGAGCCCGAUGAAGAAUUCAAGAGUAUAGUGACUGCCUGACUGGAAUCGAUCACCCCACAACGACGCUUGAAACCACAACAUUUCCAACGUACUGCUAAACAGUGCAAGUAGCGCAAUAUGCCAAAUCUCAUUCCUGAAUUUCAGAUUGCGAACUUUCUCGCCAACAAUACUAAGCCCCUGGAGCUUGUGGAACUUUCCUCGAUAACUGAUCCAGAGACUCAAUGCCCCAUCUGCCAUAAUUCCUUCGCUGGGCCACCACAGGACUACGUGCACCCGGAUCUGCCUGGGGAUGAGGAGGAGUACGCUGUGCAGAUUGACAAUCGGGGCGAGUGCACCCACAUUUUUGGCCGUCACUGCUUGGAGCACCACAUCCGCAGCGGUAACCCAUGGAGUCAUGUCUGCCCGUUGUGCCGAACGGAAUGGUUUCCCGCGCCAAACGCUGGAAGGCAAGAUAUGCUCUUGAACGUCGAACGGACAUUAACGGCUCUGGCAUCAAUAGAACUAGUCGACGAGCAUGCGAUACAGGAGCUCGAGCAGGUGGAACUGGCUUUGGGGAGGAUUAGAGACUCGCUGUACGACUCGCGCUGGAUUUGAGCGCGUGUGGAGCCCGUUGGCGAUGACGUAGGUCCCGCGAAGUGUACAAUACCUCAACGAAUGAGGCGGGUUUGUGACAUAAUUAGAAUCGAGACUUUAU